CGUUCAGUUGAUGCCACUUAUAAAUCGUCAAUAAAAACGCAUUGAAUGCGCCUUUCUAUAAAUAUCACUUUCUAUAAAAUUCAUUAUAUUUUUUAUAAAUGCAUUUUAUUUUUAAAAAGUGCACAUUUUGGGCAAUUUUUUUGAAACGUCUCUCUCUCUCUCUUCCCUGCUGCGUCGAACACUUACUUCUCCGGCACUCGCCGCCGACCACCAUUUUCCACCGGAAACGGUGCAAUGCUAACAUAACUUGGAAGAUCAAUAAUUGGCUAAACGAUCAUUUUCUAAGAUCAGCUUUUCUUAGGUAUCCUGAAGAAAUACUUAGUGUGCAGGCUAUAGCAACUGGUUUUUGCUACUACUGAAUGAUUGAACCCAUGCCUGCUAUGAAGAAGAGUGCUGUCCAUGGUGGGAUUGGGCAUGUAUUCAACAAAUUGACAAGCGAAAUUGGAGAUCCUGUUGACUUUGAACUUCCAGAUUGGUUGAAUAAAUGGCAACCCACACCCUUUACCUAUAUAAAGCGUAAUAUAUACCUCACCAAGAAGGUUAAGCGGCGGCUGGAAGAUGAUGGCAUAUUUUGUUCCUGCAGUUCAACAGCAGGAUCUUCGGACGUGUGCGGCAGGGAUUGUCUGUGUAGCAUUUUAUGGUCUAGCUGCUCCUCAGGGUGUAAAUGUGGGAGUGCUUGUCUUAACAAACCAUUCCAUCUACGUCCUGUGAAGAAGAUGAAAAUAGUUAUGACUGAUAAAUGUGGCAGUGGGAUUGAGGCAGGUGAAGAUAUCAAGAGAAAAGAUUUUGUUAUAGAAUAUGUUGGAGAAGUUAUUGAUGACAAAACAUGUGAAGAGAGACUUUGGAAAAUGAAGCAUAGUGGGGAAACAAACUUUUACUUGUGUGAGAUCAAUCGGGAUAUGGUGAUUGAUGCCACUUACAAGGGCAACAAAUCCCGAUACAUUAAUCAUAGCUGUUGUCCAAAUACUGAGAUGCAGAAAUGGUUGAUGGAUGGUGAGACAAGAAUUGGCAUAUUUGCGACACGUGACAUUAAAAAGGGCGAGCAUCUGACCUACGAUUAUCAGUUCGUUCAAUUUGGUGCAGAUCAAGAUUGCCACUGUGGUGCUGUAAAAUGUAGGCGAAAGCUGGGAAUUAAACCUAAAAAACGAAAACUUUCCUCUUCAGAUGCUGCAUUAAAGUUAGUGGCAUGUCAAGUUGCUGCGUCCUCUCCCAAAGUGAAAGCAUUGCUAUCUCUAAAACAUGUGUUGUAUCUCUACUCUGUUCUAUGA